ACAUUACAAAGUGAUAAAAAUUAAUAAAUUUUUUAAUUUUAAUCCCUGAAGCAUCAUCAUCUGGCAACGAGACAUUUUAGUUUAUUGUUGCGGAUUUGCGGAAUCAAAACACAGGCCUCGAUUGAUUUUGGCUAGUAUGUUGUUGUGGUUGACAGGUUGAAUCGGCUGCUAUAGCAAUUUGUGCAUUUUGAUUAAUAUACUUUUCAAAUGCACUUAAAAUGUAAAUAUCUAAAAUUUUUAAUUGCGAUCUCUGGAUUGUAUUAAAUUGUUAUCUUUGCAAUAAUUUCUGCUUUUUUAUCGUUUUCAAAUAUUUAAAAAAAAUAUUAAGUGUGACAAUCUGUUUCUUUGUGUCUUUCAAUUUGAUGAGGCUUUCCAUUUCUUCCUUAAAUUUCAUGUGUUUUUCAACAAAUAAUCUAUAAAUCAUCAUUGAAGAUGGGUUUUUGUUUGCAACUGAAGCUUUUGCUUUGGAAAAAUUUUACUUUAAAGAAAAGAAAACCUAUUGUUUUGAUUUUUGAACUAUUUAUUCCAUUGGUGCUUUUCUUCAUCUUACUUGGUAUACGUAAAAAACAACCAGCAUAUCCAGUAAACUCUUCCAAAUUUUCUGUCUAUCCGUUGCCAUCAGCUGGAGUGAUUGCAGUUAUGCAAGCAUUUUGUGACAAUGGCAUCAGAUCUGAAGAUGGUUUUUCACAUUUUCCAAACAGCACGGUUACAGAAUUUUUAUCAAAGUUGAACAAUAUAUCCCAUAAAAAUAACUUCUUCAAACCAGACUUCACUCCUAGUGAUAUGGAUGAAAUUCCAGAUAUUUACAAAUCAAUUGUGGAAGACCCAGUUGCAGUUCAUGACAGUUUCGCUCGAGCUGCUGAUUUGCAGAUUGGUGAUUUAAUUUACAAUAGAUCUGAAUUCAUCGAUAUAUUAUCAUCUAAUUUUUCAUUGCCAAAACAAGAUUUGGAAAUAUUUCUGAACUCCUCUGUUGAUGCUGAAAAACUUUAUACUUUAUUAUUUGGGAAAAUACCUCAACAUAAAUUGAAACUCAAAGAUAAACCGCAACAGCCUACAUCCUACCUACUGCAAUCAGUUUCUUCCAGAAAAGCUAAUCCCUUGUUUAUUGCAUCUGAUACAAUCACUUCUGCCCUGAUUGAGGAAUCUUCUUUGCAACAUUUAUCUGAUUUAUUAGGAUACCUGCAAAGACAUAAAAAGAAGUUUAAAGUAAUCUGGAACAUUGUAGAAAACAUGUUUGAUGUCCGCUCUAAUGUUUCUUUUACUGGGGAUGAUGUGAAAGCCAUUGCUGAAGAACUGAGAGAUAUUAUACUAUCACCUGGUGGAAUGCGAGACUUAAUGUGUCAGCAGAAUGGACUAAUGUGGGUUUUGACUUAUGAAAACUUAACAACAUCGAAUCAGACGUUAGAAUUACAGUCCGCAUUUUGUAGCCUGAAUGCAACAGUCAUGUCAUCACUAUCAGAUGAACUCCAAAGAUUCCUCGAUGUUGAUAAGCUGAGGGAAACUUUGCAUCUUGAUGAUUGGAAUAUCACAUUAGCGCAGCAGAGACUGAAGAAGUUAUCUGAUGAUCUGGUGAAAUUUAAUGAAUUUGAAGUUGCUUUGAAGCAAUUAAGUGAAAUAGCUUCUUCGUUACCCCAAGAUGCUUGCGUCCAGCUAAAUGAUACUUCAACAGAAAAUGAUACCAUUGCUGAAUUUGAAGACGGAGUCACUGAACCUCCUAAAAAGGCUGCCAGGUCGAAUCCUCAGUAUGGUUUGCUACGUAUUUGGCUUGGAAUGCAAAACACGAUCUGUGGGAAGGUUGGGGAUUUUCCCACUAGCUUACCUGAUGAUGGAGAGGAAGUCGAUUUAGAUAAAUUGGGCAUGUCUAAAUAUCAGCAGGAGCAGAUUGGUAUAUUAGUUCAUGUUCUUUACAGCAAUCCCAGAGUAUUAUAUGCUCCAAAUAAUACAGCUGCAGAUGAAAUAAUUACAAAGGCAAAUGAAACCUUUGAAUUGUUGGACACUGUUACUCAGUAUGCUCAAAAAAUGCUAAACAUCUCUGAGGAAAUCAGAUUAUUUUUAGCUGAAAACAGCACUGAUCAUUCACUGUCAGUUUUAAAACAGAUUCAUCAAAAUUUUCAAAAGUACCCUCUGUUCCUCACUCUAUUUCAUAGCCUUGCUUUAGAAGAGUUUGCUUCAAAUACUAUUAUCAUUGAAAAGGAAGUAUUCUUGCAGCAGCUUGACUCAAUAGAUAAUGCUGCAUGCAGCUGGAUUUCUCUCAUGAAUGGACUCAGCCUGAACAUGUUUCAAGGUUUCAGAACUGAGGAAGAUUUGCUAGAUUAUUUUAAGCAUGAAGCUUAUUUUGACAAUGUUACUGUUCUUGCCAGUGUCAUAUUUAAUAUGAGUGAGGAUGGUUCAAUGCCUAAUCACAUGACCUACAAAAUAAGACAAAAUGCCUCCUUUACUACUACUACCAAUCUUGUGCGCAGUCGAUUUUGGUUUCCUGGUCCGAGAAAUUGGGGGUAUGGCUACUACCAAUUUGGAUUCGUUUGGAUUCAGGAUGUUUUGGAGAGGGCAAUGAUCAGCAUUUAUUCUAAAAGGGAUGUUUCUGAGCCUGGUAGUUACAUUCAUCAAUUUCCCUACCCUUGCUACAUCCAAGAUCAGUUUUUAUUCAUGAUUGAACAUGUAAUGCCACUUUGCCUUGCCAUAUCUUGGGUUUACUCUGUUGCUAUGUUAGUCCAGAAUAUUGUUUAUGAAAAGGAACAGAGAUUAAAAGAAGUCAUGAAAACUAUGGGGUUGAAUAGUGCUGUGCAUUGGUUGGCUUGGUUUAUAACCAGUUUUCUUCAAAUGAGUAUCACAGCAGCCUUUUUGACUGUAAUUCUAAAGUAUGGCCUGGUUUUGACUUACAGUAAUCCAUUACUCAUCUUUCUUAUGUUGGAAAUAUUUGUUGUGGCUAACAUUGCUUUCUCGUUUUUAGUUAGUGUUCUUUAUUCCAAAGCAAAACUGGCUGCAGCAUGUGCUGGUAUAAUUUACUUUUUGACAUAUGUACCAUACAUGUACAUAGCUGUGAGAGAGGAAGCUGCUCAUGAUCACAUACCAGUUUGGUUAAAGAGUCUUGCUUCUCUUUUGUCAACAACUGCUUUCGGACUUGGCGCAAAGUAUUUUGCUUUUUACGAAGAAGUUGGAGUGGGUGUCCAGUGGUCGAAUAUUGCAAUAUCUCCCGUGGAGGAUGAUGAAUAUAGCCUGUUGAGUGUUGCCAUAAUGAUGAUGAUGGAUGCUGUUUUGUACUCCAUUUUAGUGUGGUACAUUGAGAAUGUUCAUCCAGGAUCAUAUGGUUUACCAAAGCCCUGGUACUUUCCAUUCACCAAGUCCUACUGGUUUAGUAGUCCUAGAGGUGAGGUCGAGUGCAGCUGUUUCAGUGAUUGUUGGCGUUAUUUACAAAGACAUAAAAAGUGGGGCUUAUCUGUUAUGGAAGAAGAUGGAGCUUGUGCCAUGACUAAUAGAACAGGUGAUUCUACAUAUUUUGAACCAGACCCUACAAAUCUGCCAUUAGGUGUUUGUAUUGAAAACUUAGUUAAGGCUUAUAAAUCUGGAAAUAAAGUUGCUGUUAAUAAAUUAAGCCUAAAUUUAUAUGAAAAUCAAAUAACCUCUUUCCUUGGACAUAAUGGAGCUGGGAAAACAACAACCAUGUCUAUUUUAACUGGUCUAUUUCCACCAUCUGCAGGAUAUGCCAUAAUAUAUGGGCACGAUAUCAGAACAGAAAUGGAUUUAAUUCGGCAAAGCAUGGGGAUGUGUCCCCAACAUAAUGUGCUGUUCGAAGAUUUGACUGUUGAAGAACAUUUAUGGUUCUAUGCUAGCUUGAAAGGUGUUCAAGAAAAUAGUUCGGCAGAAGAAAUGGAUAAGAUGAUUCAAGACCUAAAUCUGCCUCUGAAACGUCACGAUAAAAUAAAAGUAUUGUCAGGUGGGAUGAAGAGGAAACUCUCUGUUGCCAUUGCAUUUGUUGGGGGAUCUAGAGUCGUCAUUUUGGAUGAACCCACUGCUGGAGUUGAUCCUUAUUCAAGAAGAGCUAUUUGGGAUUUGAUUUUGAAGUAUAAAAAAGGAAGAACAAUUUUGUUAUCUACCCAUCAUAUGGAUGAGGCUGAUGUACUUGGUGAUAGGAUUGCUAUUAUCAGCAAUGGACAGUUACGCUGCUGUGGAACACCAUUGUUCUUAAAGAAUAAUUUGGGUGAUGGGUAUCACCUUUACAUGGAAAAGAUGCAGGAUGAUGAAGGAACUCCCAAAAAAGAUUAUGCUGAAAAGAAAGUGACAGAGUUCAUCACAAAUCAUGUUAGUUCUGCUUAUCUCGUAUCCGACAACAAACGAGAGCUUCACUAUAUUCUGCCCAUAAGUGAGCUUAGAAAAGGGAGCUUUGAAAAGCUGUUUACAGCUUUGGAAAAUAGCCUCUCUGAUUUGGGAAUAGCUAGCUAUGGAAUCAAAAACACUACUCUCGAAGAAGUGUUUUUAAAAGUUGCAGAGAAGGUUCGGCAUGAAGAUUUUUCAUUUCAAAGUGAUAGCUGCUCAAAGCAAGGAAUGUAUGACUCUGUACCAUCCUCAAAUCAAGAUGACAUUACUGUCAAAUCAUCUGAAGUCAUUUUAAAUGACUCAUCUGAUAACAAUGUAUUAAAAGACUCUAACAUUUUAAAUUCGACUUGCAAUCGAACAAAGUCUGCAGAUGACGGAAAAGCUGAUUAUUACCAGUUACCGGCAAAUGGUGUACUGAAAGAUCAAGAGGCCACCACUGAAAAGUCAUACCUUGGACUUGACGGUGCCGGCAGCUACAAAAUUGAAGGAAACAUGUUGCGUUUUCAACAAUUCAUGACAAUUCUGUUAAAAAGAUUUUACUGCACUAAAAGAAAUUGGAAAGGUCUCUUCUCACAAAUCUUGCUUCCAGCUUUUUUUGUCAGCAUUGCAAUGUCAGUUGCCCUGACAGCUCCCAAAGUUGAAGAUCUUCCACCCCUGACACUUAGUCCAUCCCAGUAUUAUAACUAUACUCAGCCUCAAGGCAAUGUGAUACCUUUUUGUAGAAAUAGAUUAGACAUUACAAAUGACGAAAGAUGGUCAGAGGAUGCAAAUUCUGAACACAUUUAUGCAACACUGUACAUGCCUUCUGGAGUGGGUGCUACAUGCGUUUUGAAAUCGCCAUUCAACAAUAGCUUUGAUGCUAGAAUGAACUUUUCUGCCAGAAACUAUGAUUUAUUAUCGGCAUACUUUGAACCAUCAUGUGAAAGUGUAUUUGUUCCUGGACUGCCAUUGGAUAAUUUUGUUCCCCCUCCUCCAACAAACAGCCCACACAUCUCCAAUUUACUGUUUAAUUUUACGACAGUUAGAACCACAGAGUCACCAACAAGAUAUUAUCCUACUUGCCAUUGUUCUGAUGAUAAGACAGGUUAUGUGUGUGAAGAGUAUUAUUCUGAUCCACCAUCUUUUAAAGUGGUAACGAGUGAUGUUUUGCUUGAUGUGAGUGGCCAAAAUGAACACGAAUAUUAUCUGUACACAACAGAUCUCUUCAGAUUGAGAAGGUAUGGAGCUUUUUCUUUUGGACUGAUUAGAGAUUAUGUUCCAAAAAAUUUUGGAAAGAAUGCACCUCCCCUUUUUCAGAAAAUAGCAGUCCGAAAUAUUGCAAAGAUAUGGUACAACAAUAAAGGUUAUCACAGUAUGCCAACUUACAUCAAUAGCUUAAAUAAUGCUAUAUUAAGAGCAAAUAUACCAAAAUCUAUGGGAAAUCCUUCAGCCUAUGGUAUUACUGUUAUAAAUCAUCCCAUGACUGAUACUUCAUACUUAUUAUCGAAAGACCAAAUUCUUCAGGGUACAGACGUCCUUAUCGCCAUCUUCAUCAUUGUAGCUAUGUCAUUUGUUCCUGCCAGUUUUGUAUUGUUUUUAGUCUAUGAGCGUUAUACUAAAGCAAAGCAUUUACAAUUUGUUUCUGGAGUGGAUGCUGUGAUAUAUUGGGUAGCUAACUAUUUCUGGGACAUGUGUAGCUAUGUUGUCCCUGCCACCUGUUGUGUUCUUAUACUUCUCAUUUUUGAUAUACCAGCUUAUGCGUCUCAUAAAAACUUCCCGGCUGUUGUGUCUUUGUUUUUAAUAUACGGGUGGUCCAUCACUCCAGUGAUGUAUCCUGUUUCGUUUCUGUUCAAAGAACCCAGUACUGCAUACAUAUUUCUCAUAGUUAUUAAUUUAUUUGUUGGAAUCACUUGUAUAGUUACAUCAUUUUUACUAGAAGUCUUUUCUUACGAUGCAUAUCUUGGGGAAGUUCAUAAAAUGUUAAAGACUACAUUUCUCUUAUUUCCGAACUACUGCUUGGGGAGAGGACUCAUGGAUAUUGCCUUCAAUGAAUAUCAAAAUUUUUUCCUUUUUAAAACUGGUCAGUAUGACAAAAUGAAAUCUCCAUUUGCGUGGGAAUUGGUGACAAGAAAUUUGGUUGCUAUGGCAGUGUCUGGAUUGGCUUUUUUUAUUGUGACUCUACUAUGUGAAUUCAGCUUUCUCCGUAAACCCAAGCAUAUUCAAGUUCCCAUCUAUACCGUAGAUGCAGAAGAUGAUGACGUUGCUAUUGAGCGAAAGAGAGUUUUAACGGGUCAGGCAAACUCUGAUGUUCUUCAUCUUAUUGAUCUCACUAAAGUAUAUAAAUCUAGGACUAUAAAGAAAAAGCUUAUUGCUGUUAACAAAUUAUGCCUAGGCAUUCCUGAAGGAGAGUGUCUUGGAUUGCUUGGAGUGAAUGGUGCAGGCAAAUCAACAACUUUCAAAAUGUUAACUGGAGAUACCAAUAUUACUGCUGGUGAUGCUUUCUUAAAAGGAUUCAGCAUUGGAAGAGACUUACAUAAAGUACAGCAGUACAUUGGAUACUGUCCUCAGUUUGACGCUUUAUAUGAUGAACUAACAGCAAGGGAACAUUUAAUUCUCUACUCAAGAUUUCGUGGUAUUCCAUUGAAGGAUGAAGAAAAGGUUAUUGAAUGGGCUCUUAAGAAACUAGAUUUAAUAAAUUAUGCAGACAAAGUCGUAGGCACAUAUAGUGGUGGUAAUAAGAGAAAAUUAUCCACAGCUAUUGCACUUCUUGGAGCUCCACCCGUUCUUUUCCUGGAUGAGCCAACUACAGGAAUGGAUCCUUACACCAGGAGGUUUUUAUGGGAUUUAAUUAUUGAAUUGGUCCAGAGUGGCCGAUCAGUGGUGCUAACAUCUCAUAGCAUGGAAGAGUGUGAAGCUCUUUGCACAAGACUGGCAAUCAUGGUAAAUGGACAUUUCAAGUGUUUGGGUAGUAUUCAGCACUUAAAAAAUCGCUUUGGUGAGGGAUACUGCAUCACCAUUAGAACUUCUAUGGGCGAGCUAGAGAGAAUCAAGAGGUGGUUUCGAAAAACUUUUACAGAUGCUAAACUAAAGGAGCAGCACUUCAAUCUACUUCAAUUUGAGCUUAAAGCAGGCUGCAUAUCCUUAGCCUAUGUAUUUUCUAAAAUGGAGUCAGCUCUUCAAGAACUUCCCAUUGAGGAAUAUUCUGUCUGUCAAAAUACUUUAGACAAUGUUUUUAUCAACUUUGUGAAGCAGCAAUCAGACGGUAUCAGGGAUCCCUCCCUAGCCCCCCAAUCAUUUACUCCUCUUCAAUGUGACAUUGAUGAAAUGCUUGAUGAUCCCCCAGAAAUCAUCAGUUCUCUGUCAAGGUCACAAAGUCGUCUUGCCUUCAUACACAUGGACGAAAAUUCUUAGCUGACAUAUAUGCAUCAGGUGUAAAUAACUUCUUUAGCAGUGUAUAUUCGGAAGUGUAUUUUGGCGUACAAAGAUAUAUAAUUAUUUUACUCUGCUGUUGCAUUUAUGUAAACAUUUAUUUACCCAGAGUGAGAGAAGGUUUCAGUUCCUUCCAUAUAUUUAUUAAAUGAAAUAUUUCUCAAUUUAGCUUUUAAAAUCGCCUGUUUAAGUAUUGAUUUUGUUUUUAGCAGGACAUGGAUGUUGAUAAUUUAAAUUUUAAAUUGGAAUUUGAUUGUUUGUUUUUAAAUUAUUAAAAUAUAAAUAGAAAUAAAGGACACCAUCUGCCAAAUAAUUUAAAUUUAAGAGCAGACACAUAUCUUUUUUUUUGCAUUAUUUUUAAGUUUGAAAUAGUGACUUUUGCUUUCUCUUAAAAACUCUGACAUCCCUUUUUUAUUCAAAGGUUAACAUUUUAAAAAUUUUUAGGUUCGGAUUUGUUAGUCAAAUUUUUAAAAA